AUGUCAACUAAUGAAGCAACAAUCGAAUAAAAUGAGUUCAUAGAAACUGAAUAAGAGCAAAAGAUUUAAGUUUCAACUCUUAAAAGUAUAUAAAAAAAGUAAAACCAUAUAAAAAAAGAUAAAAAAGUUAAAGAUAGUCUUGAGCUGAAGUAAUAAAAUUAUUAAGUGAAGCAUAUUUAUCACUUUGGUAGCUCGCUUUUAAAUGAUUUAAAUGAUGGUGUUAUUUUGAUAAAAGGAGAUGUAAUCCUUCCUUUAAGGGGAGAUGGUCAAUUUAGUAGACUCUCAAAUUAUAAUAAAUUUAAAAAAAUAGUUUGCAUUAAUUAUGAUUAAGAAAUAGCAACAUUAGAAAUGGUUUUUGAAACUUUAAGCUAUGGUAUAGGAAAUUUUGAUCAUAUCAUAGAUCUUUUAUCUCAGUAACCAAACUAGGAAUAAAGAACUAUCUCUAAUCAUCUUAUUUACCAUAAAAAGAGAAUUUAAGAACUAUAAAACAUAUAAAAAAUGCUAUAACAAUAUAAGUAAAUUGAUAUGGUUAGAAAUCUUAUCGAAGAAAGCUUCUAGUAAUUUGUAUAGAAAAUGCACACAUAAAUUAAAACAAUGUACAAAGAAGGGUAGAUGAGCUUUUUUAAAUACAAUAUUUUUAAAGUUGAUUAUGAAAAUGCUGAUUAUUAGAUGACUCAUUGCUCAACUAGUGAACUGUUGCUUGCACUUAUUGGUCUUGACCCUUAAUAAGCUUAGCAGUUCAUGAUGAGAAAAGGAAUUUUAGAGGUUUUAUAUCACUCUACAAUAUUUGGGAUUACUGGUAUAUUUUUAUAGUUGAAGAAUAAUUUUUGGGAUUAAUAAAAACCACAAGAUUUUAUAAUUAAAACAUUUGAUGGUAUAGAUGUCUAUGCAAAAACAAAGUUUUUAAUUUUCUAAAACGAUGAUCCCCUUUUAAAAAAUAUAUUUAACACUAAAAUGCAGCAUUUUAUGAUUUUGUAAAUCUUUGAGAUAAGCUAAAAUCAAAUAGACUUUCUUCUUUCUUACAGGAAAGCAUUUAAGUAAAAAUUUGACUUGAGAGUAUUUGAUAAUGAGCAAGAUUGGGAAUAUAAUGCAAAUGCUCAAUUUUUUUUAGAAAAAUUUUACAGCAAUCAAAAAUGA